GGCGGCGGCGGCGUGGGGGUACAGCGGGUCAGAUCUCCGGGGAAUGCCGACAGACAGCACCCUGCUCCACCUGUUCGCCGGAGGAUGUGGUGGCACAGCUGGAGCUAUCCUGACCUGUCCCCUGGAAGUGGUGAAGACACGUCUACAGUCAUCUCAGCUGACACUACGACCUCUGUGCUUUUCGGAGAUACAGCUGCCAGCAAUGGGUGUGAGGCUGAUGAACCCCACUCGACAACCUCCUGGAGUGCUCAAAUUGCUGAGGGCCAUCCUUGAGAAAGAAGGCAUGCGAUCCCUGUUCCGAGGUCUGGGUCCAAACAUUGUUGGGGUUGCUCCUUCCAGGGCUAUAUAUUUUGCUGCCUAUUCUAGUGCUAAGGAGAGGCUCAAUGCUGUCCUUGUACCCGAGUCCAAGAAAGUACACAUGCUAUCAGCAGCCUGUGCAGGCAUUACUUCUUCUACACUCACCAACCCUAUCUGGUUAGUGAAAACCAGGAUGCAACUGGAAGCCAGGGAGAAGGGAGAAAUGGCCAGCAAUGCUCUCCAAUGUGCCAUGCGUGUGUACCACACUGAAGGCCUUCGUGGAUUUUACCGUGGUAUCACUGCCUCCUAUGCUGGAGUGUCAGAGACUAUCAUACACUUUGUUAUCUAUGAAGCACUGAAACAGCAGCUGAGAAACAGCCAUCAUUCCCUUUCCCCACCACUCACACUGUCACCAAACAGCCGUGAUUUCUUUGGAUUAAUGGGAGCUGCUGCUAUCUCCAAAGCAUGUGCUUCAUGUGUUGCAUAUCCACACGAGGUCAUUCGGACACGGUUGCGAGAAGAAGGGUCACGGUACCGUUCCUUUACACAAACUCUGCAGCUCGUGGUCCAUGAAGAGGGACCCUUGGCUUUGUACCGAGGGCUCCUGGCUCACCUGAUCCGCCAGAUCCCAAACACAGCUAUCAUGAUGGCUACCUAUGAACUCAUCAUAUAUUUGGCCUCUUCCACCUUAUGAGCACACUGUAGCACCUGGCUGAGGCUACUGUAGAGAUACAGAGACCUCAUGGCCCUGAAAACAUUGUGUUUUUCCAUGCUUCAAGAGGUGGUGUUUUUCAUUCCAUAUCAGAACUGGGUCAGGCAUGGCAUUCUCAGGACAAACAACUAUGUUUUGAAAGGUUUUUUACUCAUAUGUGCAAAUGUAGCCUUUCUUCUUUCUGGAGACUUUAUUAUUCCAGUGCUUCCAAGAUGUCAGGGCACUGGUUUGACAGUGCCUGCUGUAAACUCCCUGUAUGAAACGAGGGCUUGGAACUUCCUGGGAAGGAGACAAAGAAGGCCUAAGAGUAUCUUAGCCUCAGCAUGUCCACUGCUUUCGGACCCAGUAAUAACUGGGUAGAGUUGAACAUGAAGACAUGCUAGAGCCACGACAUCUGAGAACUGCAGCAAGCAGAGAGAUCUGCUGCUGAGACCUUUCAUGCCCUCAGAAGGGCACUUUCAUUCUCACCUACUGUGUUACCUUCUGCCCGAAAGGAGGAUUUCUCAACCUUGAUUGCCAGCAAAUGUCAUGUUGCAGAAUCUUCUUUUGGGUCCAUAACAUGUUGCAGCCAUUGCCCCCAUGAUGUGUCAGGCAGUUGAGUGCCUCUUCUGGUCUUCCAGGGUCUUGAAUGAUCACACCAAAGUAGAUCAAGGGAAGCAUGAAGCAGUGCCCUAAAAACUCAUGUUACUGGGCUAACAGGCAUGCUUUGCCAAUAUCUGUCGACACCUGCUUCCCUCAGAAGUGCUGGGGCUGUUCUGCUACAAGCUGGAACCCCUGGUGUGAAAAAAACUUUCAUGCUGGUAAAGAAAGUAGAGCAGCUGACAAGAGGCAUGAAACUGAAGAUUUGACCCAUUUCUACUGAUACACUAAAUGUAUGAAAAGAGCCUUGAUAUUUUUUUCUGUAAUCAAGAAUUCAGUUUAGUGCAUCUAUUAUACUUGCCGGAGACAGGCUGGGAUGCCUUCUGUUCAUCUAUGUUUCUGUGUUCUGAGGAAGGCUAUGCUGUGUUUACAAAGACUAGUUUGACUCAUAGAAAAGUGUGGGAUAGGGUCAGGGAUGACAUUUUUUUCUUCUUUCAACGCAUACGCUAAAAAGUGUGACUUUUCCCUGAUACUAAGCAGUCAUUUCUGGACAACCUCCAGUCUGAGACGUGAGGCCACACUGACUGUUUCCUUCUCUGCCUGUGAAAAACUACAAAAGCCCUGAACAUUUAUUUGAAACCAUUUAUUUUAAAAUCCACUUUGUUUCCUCA